AUGGUGAAAAUCAAAGUUCUACAACAUAUAUUCGAGAAAGCAGACCUCAGAUCAAGAAAUCAUCCUUACAAAAAGGGUUUUCUGUUCAUAGCUCCUAACGUGCAGAUGAAGAGUUUCUUAUAUCUGAACUGUUUUGAAAGGAACCGACGAACAUCAUCCUUAUCAUAUAUCAAAGGCUUUAAGAUAUCUGAAGAAACGAAGUAUAUAAUACAUGAAGACUCGGCUGUAAUCAACAACUAA